GAGCUUCAUGCGCGCUCUCGUGCUGAAGGCGAAUGCAGCAGCCAACGAAAAAACAAGCAGAGACAAGACGGGCACAGUUUACCUCCACAUCACAAGAUCUUAUUUGGAGCGGAGAUUUCACGCCCUGUCGGGUCGUGUUACCGUUAAAGACGGUUGAGGAUAUUCACGGGCAGAAACAAUAGGAUGCAGUGUAGACUUGGCUGCUGACUGGUCUACAGGCUCUUCUCUGGUCCCUGGAGUCAGCCAGUUGGGGGGGGGCAGAUUCCUGCGUUCCCCUUCUCUCAAUCGUUGUCUGGACAAAACCAACUGCCCGCCAUUGGAGUACGCAACUCAUCCUCGACCGUGUUGCUUGGACCAGCACAGCUCAUCUCCUGACUUGAGGAGAGCGCAGCAGCUGCACUAGAUUUAUCUUCUACCAACCGACCCUUCCUAAGCCCCGCCCACUCUGCCUCGUCAACAUGGUGCUGUCACAACGGCAACGAGAUGAACUAAAUCGAGCAAUAGCCGAUUAUCUACGUUCCAAUGGAUACGAAGAAGCAUAUUCCACUUUCAAGAAGGAGGCGGAGUUAGAUAAUAAUGAAGAAUUGGAUAAGAAGUAUGCUGGCCUUUUGGAAAAGAAAUGGACCUCAGUCAUUAGAUUACAAAAGAAGGUGAUGGAACUUGAAUCCAAACUGAACGAAGCGAAGGAGGAGAUCACCCUUGGUGGGCCCGUGACUCAGAAGCGCGACCCCAAAGAGUGGAUCCCACGCCCACCAGAACGGUACGCGCUGAGUGGCCACCGCAGUCCAGUCACCCGCGUCAUCUUCCACCCGGUCUUCAGCGUCAUGGUGUCGGCUUCUGAGGAUGCAACAAUAAAGGUGUGGGACUACGAGACGGGGGACUUUGAGCGCACACUGAAGGGCCACACGGACUCGGUGCAGGACAUCUCUUUUGACCAGACCGGCAAAUUGCUAGCAUCCUGCUCCGCAGACAUGACGAUCAAGCUGUGGGAUUUCCAAGGCUUUGAGUGCAUCCGGACCAUGCAUGGACACGACCACAAUGUCUCUUCUGUAGCCAUCAUGCCCAACGGAGAUCACAUCGUUUCUGCCUCAAGGGACAAAACCAUGAAAAUGUGGGAGGUGGCAACUGGCUAUUGUGUGAAGACCUUCACGGGCCACCGGGAGUGGGUCCGUAUGGUUCGGCCCAACCAGGACGGCACGCUGAUCGCCAGCUGCUCCAACGACCAGACGGUGCGCGUGUGGGUCGUGGCCUCCAAAGACUGCAAGGCCGAGCUGCGGGAGCACGAGCACGUGGUCGAGUGCAUCGCCUGGGCACCGGAGAGCGCCCACCCCACCAUCCAAGACGCCACAGGCUCCGAGGCUAAGAAGAGUGGUAAGCCGGGCCCGUUCCUGCUGUCCGGCUCCAGAGACAAAACCAUCAAGAUGUGGGAUGUUAGCAUUGGCAUGUGCCUUAUGACACUGGUCGGCCAUGAUAACUGGGUGCGUGGAAUCCUCUUCCACCCUGGAGGCAAGUUUAUUGUGAGCUGUGCAGACGAUAAGACCUUAAGGAUCUGGGACUACAAGAACAAGCGCUGCAUGAAAACCCUGUGUGCCCACGAACACUUUGUUACCUCUCUGGAUUUCCACAAGGCUGCUCCCUACGUGGUCACUGGGAGUGUAGAUCAAACAGUAAAAGUGUGGGAGUGCCGCUGAUUUUGACCUUGGAGGAUCGGACCACCACCACCCCCAAUUACCCAGGCGCUCCUCUGGAUCCCUCCUCCCCAAUGCCAUCCUUCAUCUCCCUCCCCUCCUCCCCCCUCACCUAACCUAAACCUCAUCCGCACAUCAUCUCCGGCUGCACUUACCACCAUGGUUAUUUACCUAUCCCGCUCUCUGGUCCAAUAACUAUUGUCCUUCUGUGUAAAUUAUUCCUGGAUGUAGAUCGAGCUAUUAAAUGUUACACAAAAAAAGUAUUCUUGCAUGGUAAUCCAAAAUUGUAUACUGUAAAUUUACAUAACGUCUAGAAGUACCAUAGGUUUACCACGGGGCAGCCUUACCGACCAACCGAAGGCAGAUGUUGUUGACUGGGUGUAAAAUGCAGGGCACUAAAAAAACCCCAUAAUUUAAGAAAUGACAGUGUCUUUAUGUGUAAGAUUUAUUUUUGUCUAUUUUUUUAUUUAGGAAUUUUUCUUUUUCUGUAAUUUCCCUCCUUCACUGUCGUAGUCUGUUGGUGCCUAGCUUGGUAAAAACUUUCAAGAGACGAGGCUGGAAAAGCGUUUCUGAUGCGAUAAGAUUGUCUGCGGGGCUUUGUUAUUGAAAUAAUCUCUAGCUUUAUAACAUCACUUCUCAAGUGUGCAUACCAUUUCUCUUCAUGUGGAACUAGGUAAUGUUUUAAUGGCUGUGUAUAUACGAAUACUUCAAACUGUUGUCCUUGGACCUUCGGGGGCUUAAAGACCAGCUUUGUACUCUUGUCAUGGUGGCACAUGAACCACUGCUAUAGGCUUUAGAUAAAUUAUCCCAUUUAAUGAACCUGCAGCGAGGAAUGAAAAGUUCAAACGUAGAGAGCAAGUCCUGGCUCGCAGUAUCACCCGAGAGGAGUUCUGGGACUACACCCGAUUCAGCUCCAGUUCUUGACCCGGGGUGUGUCCCCCUUUUAGGAGAAGACUUCCUGUGACCUUUGCAUGAGAGUCUUUGGUUGAACUGAAGCCUCUGUCCACUUCUAGUCUCCCCCCGUCCCGGGGGUCGGUAUACUAUAGGAAUUAUGUAGAGCCAGAAGACGCUCGGUUCUCCCGUGGCGCCUCCGAAGGCCACAAACGGCAGCGUUGUGUAAAAUAAACCCGCUAAAGAGAAAAACCAUUAACGGCAUGAUGAGGAGUCAAAGUGAGCCCCUCUGGGUUUGAUAUCUGGGAUGUGCAAAGAUCUCGAAUUUCUGAGGGGUGCAAUAUAUGUUCUGCAUUAUAAAAAUGGUUUUGAGUAAAAAGAAAAUAAUAAAAAAAAUCAGUUUUCUGUGAAAAUAUGAAAUGUAAAUUUAGCUUGUUAUUGAGAGAUUUGGCAAUUUUGUAUUAUCGCACUAAAGGAUGAACUGGAUGGGAAUUUAGGGUUAGUGAGGAGAUGCUAGCAGCAGAUGUGCUAGGUGAUCUGUGGAUGCUGUGUUUGUCUGUAGAGGGGUCUGAUGCUGAGGUGUGUUUGUAAAGCGCUCCUCGCUGUGACAGAUCCUGGAUCAGACUUACUGUAAGGGGGGAGGAAGCUAAAAAAUGAAAAGCCUGAGCAGCAAGGAUCUCUACAGGCAAACCCCACAGAUCCACUCACGCGUCUUCUGAGUGGCUUCCCUCAAAUGUUCAGCUUCUGAUCUUUGUGGAGCUGUAACUGUAAACCAGUCCACGCUGUAGAAACAACCAUUCCACUCCCCUUGGAGGACAAAACAAAAACAAUGAAACAUCUUGCUUCUAACUGUAGCUGACAAGGUGAUUCAUUAAAUCUUGCACAUCCCUGUUUUCACUAAAUCUUUGGUCCUUUUUAAUGAUGACCAAAGGCAACAUUGAAAUUUAAUGAUGUUGAUAAAAUGCAUAAACGUAUAAUUUCUGAUUUAGCCUUUUCAUUCCAAUGCAGUUCUCGGCUAAUAAAGACUUCCACUGCUUAACUGAU